GACGCGCGUUAAUGAAAAUUGUCCCAUUGUGCUACCCAUACCGGAAGUACAUUUGUUUACGGAUUCGAGAGGAAACGCAUUUGCUGAAAACAUUUUGUACAAUAAUAAUAUUAUUUUAACAAAACAAUAUGCCAUCGAGACUCAAGUACUUUCAAACCUAGCGUCUUCUUAAACAGGGUAGGUUAACUUAAACGUUCAAAUGUAGCUCAUUCUGUGAAAAAAAAAGAAUAAAACCUACUAUAGCAAGCUAGUUUUCCUGAUGCUUGCCGUUAUAUUCUUUAUGAUUUAUGUCUAGACAAUAACAAAACGUGGAUACAACAUUCAUACAGUGUACGUUUCGAUAACGUAAGGGAUCGGGGAUCGUUUUUUGCUGAUUUGGGAUCAGUUAGUAAAGGUGGCUGUUGCUUUUUUUGGCACGAUGUCCGAGACCAUCGCUGCGUUUCAGUCCCAACUUUCCGGUGUCAUGGAAACCGUCUUCAAGGCUGCCAUGUACGAGAUCACUCGGCUGGUGGAGGACAGCUUUUUGGAAGAGGUCACUCGGUGCCGGGAACAGGUCGAGUCCCUGAAGGGUCGACUGAAGUGGUCUGAAAGUCGACGAAAGGAGAGAGAAGCGGACAAAAGGGGCAAAUGUAUCGACUGUGGACGAGUGUCCAUCGAGGACAAACCCAGACCAACACAGACACAGAAGACUCUCAAACAGGAGUGUGUCCUGCAAGAAGAAAUGAGUCGUGUCCAGGGCCCAGACACAGAGACACCUCACCAUGAAGCGGACAAGGCAAAACGAGAGACCAAAAGUGCAAAGGCACAGCAGUCCCCCUGUGCACAAGAUGAAAAGCUGGAUCGACUGCUGAAGGAGGAAACCUCGCAGAACACUCCAGAUGCCAGUGAGUCGCAGGAAGGAUGGGGUGUAAGUUUGGACGACACAUCUGGUCUUCCUGGGCCCAGUAAACAUUUCAAUGACCAGAAGCUCCAUAAGUUCCAGAUGAACUGGGAAGGUGGUUUUGACCAGAGAACAGGAUCCCGGCAAGGUGGUGAUACAGCUGAACCCCUUUACCAGAACAGAUACAGCAUGGAAGACUUAGGUGGUUUUGAUAAGACGGAUUAUGAAGACGCAAACAUGAUCGAUAUGGGCAGCCUGGAUGGCUUACAAGGCUCACCACCUAAUGUAGGUGAGGAUCUGAGUUACAUGGGUCACUAUGAGGGGGAUAUGGAUGCACCGGAAGGAGGUGCGCAUCACGAUUACCAAACAGGUAACCCGCGGCAUCGAAGAGGUGCAGUGGACUCACCUGCAGUUUCAGCUUCAAGGACAAACAUGGAUGCGAGCGGACAGUUCAGUUGCCUGUUGAUCAAUGAGGAAGGGUACUUACAGGACCCGAGCAACUUGUACCCUGAACACGUGUCUGCUGAUUCAGGCAACAGACUGAGUUUCCGGGGUCAGGGCAUUCGGAUGGGAGACACAGAGAGUAUGUACGGGCCUUCUGUUACUUACAAUGAUACCAUGAAUGUGGGUGAGAAGGUUCAGCAUCAUGCAGGAGGGCGAGGAGGGAGGCGGCAUAGCUGUAACCAGUGUUCCAUGUCCUUUUCCGAUUCAGCCUCCCUCAACACCCACAGGCAGACUCACAAGGUCACCGGAGAAGGGCCGCCUUACUCCUGCAACCAGUGCGACAAGACCUUCACUCAAGCCUGUAACCUCAAAGUCCACCAGAAGGUUCACUCUGGGCUGGGGCUUCACCUCUGCAGCCGUUGUGGCAAAACUUUUCCUUCCUUCUCGAACCUGAAGACGCACAAAUGUGGCCAAACAGGUGACAAACCGUACUGUUGCACAGUGUGCGGCAACAAGUUCAGUCGUUUGUGGAAUCUCAAGUUGCAUCAACGAAUUCACACACAGGAGAAACCUCAUCGGUGCACCAUGUGCGAGAAGAGUUUCACCCGAGCGGACAUAUUAAAGGUUCAUCAGCGCACCCACACUGGGGAAAGACCAUACUGCUGUGCCGUGUGUGGCCUCAGCUUUAAACGCCUGGAUCAUCUUAAAUCACAUCAGCGCAAACAUGUGACAGACCUACAGAGCACGGUGACCGGCUGCACCAUGGCGGAGCUGGACGCCCUGAUUGUGACAUUUCAGACGCAGUUGUCCGAUGUCAUGGAGAGUGUGGUGAAAACAGCCAUGUUCGAGGUCACCAGGUUGGUGGAGGACGGUUUUCUGGAAGAGGUGAGGCGCAGGAACCAGGAGGUGGAGUCUCUGAGGAUGCAGCUGCAGUGGGCGAAGAGGAAACUGGGAGGACCUGGGAGGUGUGUCAGUGCGGAGGAUGAUGUGGAUUUGUCUGCUAACGCUGCAGAAGACAUAAUAACGGAAUCCCAGAAUGGUGUUCUGAGUAGUUGUGGAGUGAAACAAGAGGGUGAUUCUUUGGAAAGGUGGAGCAGAGGUCGUCACUGUGAAGUCGUACCUGAGUCGGCAAUGGAGACAGAUAAGACCUCAGCCAGUCACAGCCCUGCAAGGAAACUACAAGUUCUGGAGGAACUUGAUGUUACCCCUACAGUGGAUGUGAAGGAAGAAGCGGUGAACAAACCAUUUUGUUCUGUUCAUGUGGGAGGAUGGAGCGUUACCUUGGAUGGUGAUGCAGAAACUGAAUCCCACAGUGCUGAGGCGACAGAUGUGGAAUCAAAACAGACCCAGGAAAAUGCUGACAAAUUACCAAGGAAUGUCCUGAAGAGAGACUCCCGGCCGCUGACAGCACGCGUCUUCCUGGAAGACCAGGAGGACACGCAUAUUGUGACGGAAGCAUCUAAUGUCCCACCUUUGGCCAUGGACACCGACUGGCCCGGCCUGACUCUCACAACAGCUGCAUUUCUGCAUAAUCACACACUUGGACCAGAUACAGAGUAUGGCACAAGAAACACCACAAGUUCUCAGAAGUCUGUGGAGCUCGAACCUGCCAAGUCUGUACUGGCUGAUGUUCAAGUUCCGGCCACCCCAAGUCGAGACCAGAUGUCCUCCCCGGGACCUCCUAAAGCAGGAGUGCAAAACAGCAAGGUGGGGAGUGCAGCGAUUAAGCGGGAGGUUGUUGUUGACUCGAACAGGUAUGAGAAAGGUGAACCGAAGGAAAAUAAAAAACUGGCAGAUUCUGGGAUGGCAGCUUUCCCAUCAUCGGUAAAGCGAAAUGUGGUGAGUUCAGACACAUUCAAGCAGAACCAGAUUUCCCAGAAGGCUGCUGCGCAGGAUGCUAUAAAGAUUCAUUCCAAAGUGAGUCCUGGAGUCAGAUUGCAAGCUGCUGUCCAGCACCUCCACCGACCAGCUAAAAAGCCCCCUCAGAUACUCUCGAACAGCACGGCAGCGCUGUCUGCAGCUCACACUCAGGCUGUCAACUUAAAUCCCCUCAACAGAAUUCCCUCCACUUCCAAAGCCACUGCUCCUCCUCCGCCACCGCUGUCUGUUCACAGGGUUCACCUUGGUGAUAAACAGGCCGCGGGACUGAACCGAAGUGGUGCCUCGUGGGUCAGCCUCAAAUCCCAGCAACAGUCUGCAAACUCCCAUCAGGCCAACCCCGUGUCCCACCCGGACUCUCACCCUCACCUUGUGCCCAGGCACCUGCUGCGCUGUGGCCAGUGUGGGAGGUGCUUCCCACACCCCAGCAACCUGAAAGCCCACCUGCAGACACACACAGGGGAGCGGCCGUUCUGCUGUUCGCUGUGCGGCCGCUCCUUCACCAAGUUGAGCAACCUGAAGGCCCACCGGCGAGUCCACACCGGAGAGAGACCAUACAGCUGCUUGGCCUGUGGCAAACGCUUCACCCAGAAAUGUAACCUGAAACGCCACCAGAGGAUCCACCUGGAUUUAUGAUGAACCACGAUUAAUGACAAAAAAAAAAAAACAAUGUGUUUGUUUUUUGUAAAAACUGAGAUGUUUGAUUUGCAGUGGAACACCCUUGUCACACUAGAGGCUCAAUGAGCCCAAAUGGCGUACGAAUGAAAAUUUGACCCACAUUUGGGAAGUGCAGAGAUGCAUACGCAGCCAUCAGACAGCAUUCUGAGCGCAUUCUAAACAGUUUGGCACAGUCGUACGACCGCUCCAAAUGUUUUGCCCAAACAUUCAAUGUGCAGUCGAAGUGGAAAAAUAUUAAACAGCAGUCCAUGUGCCAUCUGACUGCAGUGUGACUGUGUUCUAAAUAUUCUCACGGCAUCAAAACAGCAUUCAGAACAGUGUGAUCGCGCUCGAGAGACAUUCGCCAAGGUCAGAUACGUCAAAUCCUGCUGGCAUGUCUCGAUUGUGCUAAGGAUGAGCUGUAUGUGCACUUCCACUGGAUCCCGUUCGGGGUGUGUAAAGGAAAUAUUAUGUGGAAUGUCUGUGGCACACAUUCAUCUCGUGAACUAGACAUGAACAUUGCGCAAUCAAACUGAAAGCAUCAUGUGUUACUGCGAGUCAAUGCAUCUCAGAGCAGCAUGCACAUCUGAACAGCGUGUUAUAUCCAUAAUAAACCUUUAUACACAGAUACAUUGUCAUUUACUUUCAUGGGUUAGAUAAUGUAUCUGUAAUACUCUGUUAUCAUAGCUGUAACAGCCCAUUCAGAUGUGCUGUGAGUCAAUGCAUCUUAGAGUCGCAGAGCAGUGCACACAUCUGUACAGGGUGCUAUAUCCAUAAUAAACCUUAUCUUACAGAUAGCUUGUCAUUCCCUCCCAUACGUUAGAUAAUGUAUUUGAAAUAUUAUGAUCAUCAUAGCUGUAACACUACGUGCAGAUGCGCCGC